AUGGAGAGGACAAUAAAAGAAGGAAAUGAUUAUCUAUAAAGAAUGGAAUAAGUAGACAGAGCUCGAUAAAGGAACUAAAAUGGAUAAAAAAGACAAAGGGAGUUGAGGGAAGUAUAAGAGUAAAAGAAAUAAAAGGAAACACCUAAGAAAAUAGUUCAAUAAAAAUAAGUUCAGGUAAAAAGAGAAAAAUAGGAAAAAUAAUAAAAUAAAACAAAAGAAGAUCUUUAAAAAUAGUCAUAAAUAUCUAUCUCUAAAUCUUCAAGAAAAAUCGAAAAAAAAACCCCCAUUUAAAUGUAAAAGGGCUAAAAAAAUGACCUUAUUAAGUAAAAAGUUUAAAAGCAAUCACAACCUGAAAAAAGAAAAAGUAAUAAUGAGAUGGAAGUAGAAAAGAAGAAUGAAAAAUUAGUUGCAAAGAAACAAGAAAUGAAAGUAGAAAAAAGUACCGCAAAGCCUUAAUAAUAAUAAUAAUAGUAACCUAAGUAGGGACCUAGAAAAACAAAAUCCAAUAUAUCAGCAGCUUCAGAUGUCAAUUAACCUUCAAUUGGAAUGGUUGAUUGUGUAUUUGUUGUAGAUACAACAGGAUCAAUGGAUGUUUACUUGGAAAGAACGACAGAUGCAGUUUAAAUGUUAGUUGAAAGAAUAAAAUAAUAGUCAAAAAAUGAAUAAGUAAGUGUGAGAUUCGGAUUAGUAUGUUAUCGAGAUCAUCCACCUUAAGAAUUAACAUAUGUUACAGAAUUGCAUGAUUUAUGCUCUAAUAGGGAGAUACUAAAAGCAAUACAGAAAUCAGAUUGCUCUGGUGGAGGUGAUGGUGCUGAAGCAGUCUUGGAUGGACUGAAUGUAGCAGCAUAAUAAAUAAGUUGGAGAGAUAGUAGCAAGAUUCCUAGUCUCAGAUACAUAUUUCAUAUUUGUGAUCAACCACCCCAUGGAAAAGAAUUCGGUGGAUAUAGUGAGCUAUGGGACUAGACUGGGUGUCCAUGUGGUUUAAAACCUGAUUAAAUAAUUCAUAGAAUCAAUAUGAGAUAAAUUCACUACAGAUUAAUUAAGGCAGAUCACACAAGAUUAGAAAAAUUUGCUGACUACUUUAGGGGAAAGGUUGUGAAUUAUGAUGAAGUCACUCUUGAGAAUGGAGUUGCAGAUGGCAUGGAAAUAAAAAUCAGUGAUAUGGUUAUCAGAGAACUUUGUCCAGAUAUUCUUCUUGAUUGA